CUCAGGGACAGGCUGCAGGCAGCUGGGCGCUUACUCGAGCCGUGGGGAGGCUGCCUUGGAGGUCCGGCUCCGCGGUGCUGAGGGGAUCCCCCGGCCCCGGCUGUGGAAGGAGGGAUGCGCCACAUCCCGCAGGGAAGCGUUUCUUAGGGCCUCCGAAGGCCCUGUGUAUGGCCUCUUUUAUUUGGGUACGGCAGUUACAGGGAUAGGAUAAAGAGCAGUUUCAGCAAUGAAGCAUCCUGCAAAAAACGAGAAGAUUAUUUGGAGUGGCCUGAAUAUUUUAUGGCAGUAGCUUUUUUGUCAGCACAAAGAAGCAAGGAUCCAAGUUCUCAGGUUGGUGCCUGCAUUGUAAAUUUAGAAAACAAGAUUGUUGGAAUUGGAUAUAAUGGGAUGCCUAAUGGCUGCAGUGAUGAUGUACUACCCUGGACAAGAACAGCAGCGCACAGGCUAGACACAAAAUAUCCUUAUGUGUGCCAUGCCGAAUUGAAUGCCAUCAUGAACAAAAACUCAGCUGAUGUGAAAGGCUGCAGCAUGUAUGUUGCCUUAUUUCCAUGUAAUGAAUGUGCAAAACUUAUCAUCCAGGCAGGCAUAAAGGAAGUUAUUUUUAUGUCUGACAAAUACCAUGACACUAUGGAAAUGACAGCUGCACGGCGGAUGUUUGAUUUAGCAGGUGUUAUAUACAGGGAAUUCAAGCCAAAGUGUAACAAGAUCAUCAUUGACUUUGAUUCAAUUAACAGCAGACCAAAUCAGAAGCUUCUGUGAAUUAAGUCUCAUUAAGUCUGGAGAAGAGUGUGAUUAUCCUUUUCCAAAAUGCUGCUAAUGCCUUUCAUCUUGAAGUCACUUGCAACUUUUUAAUGGCUUCUGUAGCUAAAGUAGACUUUUAAGAAAUCCAAGGCAUUAAAUGUCCCCAUCACUUCAUAUUGUCAAGUGAAAUCUAAAUCUAUUUAAUUUUUUUUAAUGCCUUUAUCAAAACUGCUUAAAAAGACUAGAGACAUGUUGAUGAGACAAUAUAAUGUAUGUAAAGAAAACUGUUCAGAUUCUUGCUGUAUGCAUCACCACAUGCUCUGAUAGGCUGUCAGCACUGAUUUAGACUCAGUUUAACAGUCAUACUUAUUGUAACCACUAGUACAUUGAAAUACACUGAUAAUAUGUUGAUCUCUCUUGGAUGUGGAGAUCUAAAUACUUGAUUCUAAUAAAGGACAAAAAAAUGUUAUCCAUGCAAAUACUAAUCUUCCAACUUGCAUAACAUUAAUAUUUAAAAGAUGAUACAGCUUUAAGAAUGUGCGAUAUUCUGCAUGUCUUAUCCAACAAAUUAAAUCCUCAUUUUUCCUUUAAUUGCAGUCUAACACUGUCAUACAUGGGGAGGGAUGAGAGAGGAAGUUCUGGGAAUGGUCCAUACUGUACCAGCCUUCACAGGUGCUUUCAGGUCCAUAUUUUCCCCAAGACUCCAGAACUGGAGAGAGUUCAGGGAGUAAAUUAUUUGUCUCUGUAUGUCUGGGACUCUUUCUUACUUGGAGUUGGUUUUCAUGUGUAGAAGGAAAUAAUUUUAUUGGUCCAAGAUGUCUCUAGACAAUCCCAACAUAGCUCAGUCUUAAAAUCAACCUGUAAGGUAACUAAAUAAUUUUUUGUCCUUUGAGAGAAAUUGAAGAUAGUCAGCCCAUAUCCACAUUCAUGCCAAAAGAGGUAAUUACGGUGUUAGCUUGUUUCCCAGUGCUGGUGUAGUACCUUCAUUUCAUAAAUGCUGCCUAAAAUAAUAUCCUUUUUAAUUUUGUCUCGAGAUCUGGGAAUAGAUUUGAGUUCCUUUUCUCUAAUUUGAUUAUUUUCAAAUUAAAUAUUCCUAAUGGCUUUGUUUGGAUAACACUGGUGUUUGGGGUUUUUUCUUGUUUAUUUUUUUUUUAUGGGUUUUUUUGGGGGAGAGGGUGGGCAGGUUGAUUUUAAAUGUGGUUAUACUUCAGUGAGCUUUUAUUUUCUCUAGAAAAGCUUUGUUUCAUAU